GCAGUUUCUGAUAAGAUUUUACCAGGUACGCUUAAAUUUUUUUCCAACUACACACACUUGUUUUUUUUACUUUUUCCUUCUGUUUUUGCACCCAACUCCACAAUGUGAUUUGAACAAAGGAUAAGACAGAUAUUUUUAGUCAUUCUUCAGUUUUCUUUUUAAUGCCAUCUGGGUUUUGUUUUUAGUGUUGUGAUAUACAUAUAUCUAAGUAAACAGAGCAGAGUCUCUUUUUCCUCUCUUUUUUGGGUUCUUUUUUGUUGUAUCUUGUUCAAGUCUGGGAAAGAGUGAAUUGGUCAGAUUUGGGGUGGUGUGAGAGUGGGAUUGAGAUGGGUAUUUUGAGUACCAUAUUGGGUGUUUGGGGUUUUGGAGUGGGAACUUCAAUUGGGCUUGUGAUUGGUUACUACAUGUUCAUCUACUUCCAGCCCUCUGAUGUCAAGGAUCUUGUGAUUCGUCCUUUGGUUGAGCGAGACACAAAAGGCUUGCAGAGUUUGCUUCCAGAGAUUCCCCAGUGGGUUAAAAAUCCAGACUAUGAUCGUGUUGAUUGGCUUAACAGAUUUAUCGAAAAGAUGUGGCCUUGUCUGGACAAGGCAAUAUGCAAGACUGCGAGAAGUAUAGCAAAGCCUAUUAUUGCUGAGCAAAUUCCAAAAUACAAAAUUGACUCUGUUGAAUUUGAGACACUGACCUUGGGCUCCCUACCACCGAGCUUUUCAGGAAUGAAAGUUUAUACCACUGAGGAUAAGGAAUUGAUAAUGGAACCAGUGGUCAAGUGGGCAGGGAAUCCUAACAUCACUAUUGCGGCUAAGGCAUUUGGGUUGAAAGCCACAGUUCAGGUUGUUGAUCUGCAAGUGUUUGCUUGUCCCCGUAUCACCCUGAAGCCUUUGGUUCCAACCUUUCCGUGUUUUGCCAAAAUAUAUGUGUCUCUCAUGGAGAAGCCACAUGUUGACUUUGGACUAAAACUGCUUGGAGCUGAUGCUAUGGCCAUUCCUGGCCUUUAUAGGUUUGUCCAGGAGCUUAUUAAAGAUCAAGUUGCAAAAAUGUAUUUAUGGCCCAAAGCCCUAGAAGUACCAAUAUUGGAUCCAACAAAAGCCAUGAUAAGACCUGUCGGGAUUCUCAACGUGAAGAUCCUAAGGGCCAUGAAGCUUAAAAGGAAAGAUCUACUGGGGUCAUCAGAUCCUUAUGUGAAAUUCAAGCUCACUGAGGACAAGCUUCCUUCGAAGAAAACAACCGUCAAACAUAACCACUUGAACCCUGAAUGGAAUGAGGAAUUUCAUGUGGCUGUUAAGGACCCAGAAUCUCAAGCCUUAGAGCUAAUGGUUUAUGAUUGGGAACAGAUUGGAAAGCACGACAAGAUGGGUAUGAAUGUCAUUCCACUGAAAGAGCUUACACCGGAGGAGCCUAAAGUUAUGACUCUUGAUCUUCUAAAAAACAUGGACCCAAAUGAUGUUCAAAAUGAAAAGUCUCGUGGGCAGAUUGUUGUGGAAGUGUUGUAUAAACCUUUUAAGGAAGAUGAAAUACCAGUUGAUGUUCAAGAUUCAAAUGAGCUGCAAAAGGCUCCUGAAGGAACACCUGCUGGUGGCGGUUUGCUUGUGGUUAUCAUUCAUGAAGCUCAGGAUGUGGAAGGAAAGCACCAUACGAACCCAUAUGUCCGGUUACUUUUCAGGGGGGAGGAGAAAAAAACCAAGCAUGUGAAGAAAAAUAGAGAUCCUAGAUGGGAAGAGGAGUUCCAGUUUAUGUUGGAGGAACCACCCACCAAUGACAGGCUUCAUUUGGAAGUAGUUAGUGCCUCCUCGAGGAUGGGCAUCCUGCAUCCCAAGGAAACUCUGGGUUAUGUGGAUAUUAAUCUAUCUGAUGUUGUUAGCAACAAAAGAAUUAAUGAGAAGUACAAUCUCAUUGACUCAAAGAACGGACGGAUUCAAAUUGAGCUGCAAUGGAGAACUUCAUCUUGAUGGUAGUGCUCUGUGACCAGGGUAGCAAUUCCAUGGGGAAAACAUCCUUGUUUUCUUAGUUUCAAACGAAGUGUUUGUUCUUAUAUGCACAGUAAGGUUGAUAUAUGCUUCAAACUGACUUUGUAUAUAACCUGAAGAACUAGAAACAAUAAAUACUUGCUUCAAGAUUGCCAAGACCUACUCUGUGUUUUUACUACUAGUAUAAUAGCUGAUUCAGUGUUGGGUCAGCUGUGACUAGUUUGAUAGCUGAUUCAAUGUUUGGAUUUUGUUCAAUUUUGAGAACAAAGAUAUAAAAACCACAAUGAUGCUAAUCU